UUUUAACUACUCCAUCAGAACUGAAUGCUAGUACUUUGUUACUAUUGCUUUAUGUUUCUUAAUCUUCUGAAAAAGCAGCCUGCAUGGAAAUGGGUGGUUUCUAACAGUGUUUGCGUAAGAGGUCUCAAGUUAUGGGGGUUAGUGAUUUCUCUCUAGUCUGUCCUUUGAAGGAGUGAAGUCCUAUUAAUAUCAAAUGUGGUGCUUGUAGAUCAAAGGGAGCGUUCGGUAAGUAUAAUGGAUAUAAUUGCCUCUGUUACAUUCAGCUUGAACUGUUAGCAAGCUGUUGGAUUCUGAGGAACUGCUAACAUUUAGAGGAGUCUUGAGUAAUACAUGUCACUUGUAAUUGCAACAGUUGUCUGCUGCUCCAAAGCAGCAUUGUUGCUCUCAGUAUGUUCCUUCCUGUUUUAGUCCAUCCCUUAUAUAAACCAGUGCUCAUAUGGAAAGGACUGCUCAUUCAUUUCUAAGAGACGUUAAAGUACUGGACAGGAGUUGCUGUUCAGUGCUCAUGGCUUUUUGUACUACGAAAUGUGAUCUGAAGUGCAUGUAAAGUACAGAAGAAGCGUUAACUGGCAAUGCUUAAGUACAUGUUAAAUUGUUUUCAUGAGGACUCCCUAAGGUAGGCAAAGGGGAACAUGUUUAGAGUGGGAGACUAUAGGUCUGUGGGCCUGAUCUUUCCUCCUUUAGUAGUUUCACACAUUACAGCUCUAUUGCCAUUAUGUGGAACAGAGCAGGGUUUGGAAAAGAAAAAUACAUCACUGCUGCCUCUGUUAAACAAAACCUGCACUGUUUUUUUCCUGUGUGGCAAAAGGUAGUAUCAAAAGGUGGAACUUCUGCCUGUUGCAUUGCUCGGGGUUGUUCUGAAUAAAUCCUAGCUUCAGCAUGUCAACUAAUUUUGGAGGUUGCAGUCAAAUGUCUUUCAGAUAACUGGAAUAAGUGUUCAGCGCUGGAGUAUUGCCAGAAAUGCUUUGCUUCCCUAAUUGGAACAGGGUUAGGUUAGUGGGAAAUUUAGCUUCCUCAUUACCAGAGGAGCUCAAGUUAGUUUUACUUUGAUCUGUUACAGCAGACUCUAGGUGCUGUCUGAGAAAGUAGAAGCCGUAGAAUAAGGAACAUCACAGAGGAGCUUAGUGGUGGUUCUUUUCAUUUUCUGAUCUAGUUGGGCUACUGACUCAAACUGGGAAAUUUGAGUAUGUAUGUGAAGACUGGAUAGUAAGUGUUGUAACUGAAAAGCCACAGAAGAAUGUCCAUACUGCACUUCAACAGAAGCAUCUUGAAUUCAUGUCAAAGUUUGGUGCUAAGGCUGCAGUCAGAAGAGUCUCAAAUCUGUUGUAGGAAACCAUCCUGAUAAUGCAGCUGCUCAGCUCUUCAACUUCAGUAGUAGAGUGGUCAUCCAGAAACAAGUCUAAUGUAAAUGGCAUUCACUGAAUAGUUACAAGGUGAUAACUUCAGCUUCUGACUAUAGCUAAGGUGUCUGUACUGUGAGUUCUGGUAAACAUCUGCCUUCUCUCCUUUGUAGGGAGAUGUUAUUUGAGGUGACUUCAUUUGUUGCCUUUGAAGUUCUGGAGUUCUAACUGAGCCACUGUUUCAUCAGAUCUGUCUUGCAGAAUUUGACCAGGUUCAGAUAAGCAAGAUAAGCCUGUAGUUCUUCAUUUUCCCCAUUUGGGUUCUGGUGAGGUGCAAGGGGGGUAAAAUUGUUCUGGAAUGUAAGCAGAGGGAGCAGAGUUGGUGUUCAUAACAAAGUUAAGGAAAUCAUUGGUGGAUGAGACUGACGGAAAACAACAUGAGCAGACUGCCUUGGUGCAGAAGGCUCAUUAAAAGUGGCCUUAGUAGAUAAAAGUAAAAGGAGCUGCUGAGGAGUAAUCUGUGAUGACUCCAUGAAUAAGUAGUGACUAACCGAGGAGAAGUUGUGUGGUUUUCUAACUUUAUUUUUUGUCUUGUAAGUAACUGAAUCACCAAAGCUGUGUCCAAACUGCUUGGAGGGUAUCCAUUUAAGGACUUGUCUUCUGAACUGGCCUUUUCUGGAUACUGUUCAUAAAAAGUGUCUGGCUUAAUUUGAAAGCUAAAUUCUUAACUCUUCUUAAAAAGUUCAUGUUGUUGAGGAACUUUGGCCUGUUUCUUAGAACACAGGGUAAAUUAAAACUAGUAUUAGUUAAAUCCACCUCUAGUGGAUGAACUUGCAUUCAGUUUCAGAUCCUCAAGAACAGCACAAACAUUGAGCAUUAAAAUACUGGUGAGGAGAAGAAAUCCAGGCAAACUGUUCGGUGCUUUCAUGUGUUUGAAGUACCUGAGGAUGGGGUAGUACGCUUUGUAAUUGUGUUGAUUGCAGCUGUAACCUUCAGAGAUGUCAGAGUUCAGGGAAAAAGCAGGCCUUUGAAGAGUAAGGUUGCGAGGGGAAUCUGUCUUGUUCAAGCUGUGCAAACACUGUUGUUUGUCUUUCUCUGGAUUUCUCACUCAGUUUGCCUUAUCUUACUUGGCCGGUUUGAUAAAUAGCAGAAGAAACUUGGACUAUUUAAAAAGUUAGGUUUGGAUGUAAAAGUACAUCUCACAUUGUUCUGGAGCAGUGAGUACUGUGCUUUUUGCACCUUCUGCUUACAGUUACUGGUAAAGGAGAUGUAGGCUGACAACAUACCCUAUUUGAAAAACUUGCACUGUGUUUCUAAAGGAGAUCUAGUUCAUUUAUAGAACAUUUCUCUUAUUGCAUAUCAGCUUGACUGGUUAUGUUUGAUAUGCAGGUAACUGCUGGGGAUACUUCCCCAUCACUUCGUGUUGAAGUGUCAAAUGUAUGGCUUGAAUGAGACCCUGGGAGUUACUACUUGAAUCUAUAAACAUGUAUUCCUGUUCAGUUCAAACAGUUGCAAACUGAGCCAGGAGUUUGUCUUGAUAUACAAAUUGGAGGCUCCAUCUUGUCCCUCUUGAAAUGAAAAGCAGCAUCAAGUAUUGAGGGGCCUGAGAUCAGCUCCUGCAGCUGGCUUUGCCCGUGUUUUUUGCUGUGUCAACAUGGUUGCUAUGAAAGCAAGCAUAAACAAUGGCACAGAGUACCAGCUGCUGCCACUAUUAGAGAGAGCUGUUCACCUUUGGGUGUCCUAAUAAAUUUGAAACUUUGAACAGUGAGAUGGAGCAGUAAAUACCUGCUAGCAUGUGAAAUGACUUAGUUAUAUAUAAAAAAGUAUUUAUUGUAUCUCAGGCACUCAUGCAGCCAGUUUUACUCUUAACAUUUGUUUGCAUCUUUUUACUGCAGAAUUUUGGUUUUGAACAGCAGCUGGAAGAUAGAUGUGGGAUUACAGAAGUAGCAUAUGAAACUUGUCAUCUCUUGUAUUUUAAAUUCUCCUGCUUUUACUGUGGUGGGAGAGAUGGAUGGUCAGUAGUAGAAGAUGAUUGAAGAGGAAGGAACUGUUCUGAGAAAGGAGUGGCUAAAAAGCCACUGUAAUCCAUUCUACAUUCAAAUACCUUAAAAAUAACUGAAUUAAAAUUCAUGCUUAUAUCUUAAAUCAUAGAAUCACUAAGAUUGGAAAAGACCCACAGGAUUACCCAGUCCAACCAUAAAUGGAGAGCACUCAAUGCUGGACUGCUAGUUCUGGUUCCUACUUGAGAUCAUGAGUUCUUGCUGCUUCUAUAGGGAUUUCCUUCAAGAUGCUGUGUAUUCAUGUUCCGGGUGGUUUGGGAUGUUGGACAGUUGUUUUUUAAAGAUUGGUGCUUCUGGUCAUAGUACUGAGUUGUCACUUUUUACUUAGAAGUGUCCCUGUGGGAACAUACAAAUAAUAUUUCUAUUGUUCUGGUAUUGAACUUGAUAGUUUCCAUAACAUGGAUAGACUAGAAGAAUCAUUCUGGAGAUGAGAUACCGCUAAUAAUUCUACUUCCAUUAGGCUAAGAGUAAUGAGUUGGGUGAGGCCUAAGAAGCAUUCAGGCAGUUUGAGACUUCAUGAAAGCAAAGCUUAAUAUGCAAGUUUCGGAAUCAGUGUACUUUAAACUUAAAUAUUUAACUGAAGCCUAAUGUAGCUUGUUUUUUUGAUUCUAGUUCUAGUAGUCUUGCUUUCUUUUACACCUGGGGGGGGAAGUAAAAGUGCUAUGAUUGCAAUCAGUUCAACCCGCCCCAUCCCAACUGCUUCUCCGUGGUCUGUGGCAGACUGACUUUCCUGCUCAAUGAACCACCUUCCUCCAUUCCCCAAUAUGGGCAAAAGUGGUUUGUACUGUCAUGGACAGGCAUGCCUAUCUGAUGUUUCCCUAGCAUUCUAAGGAUGUUUUCCAAGUUAGCUUUGUAGAUAUCUGGCCAGUGUCUGAUGUCUCUUAAGGAGCCAGAUGUCUUAAACAUUUUCUUUUGUGUAAACUGGGGAGUGAAGAGUGAAUUAUGAACCAUGAACUGUGAGAUACUGUAUUGAAAUAACUUGAGAAAUGGUGGUUCUUUGGAUCAGGUAUAACUGCUCUUUCAGUAGUGGAAGCACUGCAGUCUUUCAUAUAACUGCAUUGUGGCUUGUUCUUACAGAGUGUUUCUAAUAUGUAUUAUAUGUCAAUGUAGAAUUGAUUAGUGAAUAAACUGUAUGUAGCUGCCAUCCACGUAUUCCCAUGAGAAAUGUAACUACCAGGAAGAAAUAAUUCAUAGAUAAAAGUAUCUGGCUUUUGAGCUUACGUGAGUGAUAAGGAAGAGGUAGUUGCUUAAAAAGAGAGCGACGACAGUGCUGUAAAAGCAACAGUGAAGAAAUGCACUUCUACCCAUUUUUAAGCAUUUUGUAAACAUUCAGAGUGAAGAUUUCUUACAGAAACUGAUGAAAGGAAAGGCUGUCUAGUUCACUGUGGUUUGAGCUGUUAGAAACUCCAAGCAAAGCUGAAAUGAGAUACUGUCUCUUAUUAUGGCUUUAAUACUAUUGCACAGAUACUGUACAAGAAAAUUCAUGUCAUAAGUUCUGCUUUGUUUCCGAUUCCAAUGCUAGAAGGGCAUGAAAACCUCCAAGUUUUUUACUUUAAUGUUUUGUUGGAGGAAAAUGUCCUAAAAAUGUGAUUUGUUCUUUUUUUUUUUCCUCCUCAGGCAGGUGAUCUGCAACCAUGAGCAGCAACGAAUGCUUCAAGUGCGGACGCACUGGCCAUUGGGCCCGGGAGUGCCCAACUGGGAUUGGCCGUGGUCGUGGGAUGAGAAGCCGUGGCAGAGCAGGCUUCCAGUUCAUGUCUUCAUCUCUCCCGGACAUCUGUUACCGCUGUGGUGAGUCUGGCCAUCUUGCCAAGGACUGUGAUCUUCAGGAGGAUGAAGCCUGCUAUAACUGCGGUAGAGGUGGCCAUAUUGCGAAGGACUGCAAGGAGCCGAAGAGGGAGAGAGAGCAGUGCUGCUACAACUGUGGCAAACCUGGCCACCUGGCUCGUGACUGUGACCAUGCAGACGAGCAGAAAUGCUACUCUUGUGGAGAAUUUGGACACAUUCAAAAAGACUGCACCAAAGUGAAAUGCUAUAGGUGUGGUGAAACUGGCCAUGUAGCCAUCAACUGCAGCAAGACCAGUGAAGUCAACUGCUAUCGCUGCGGCGAGUCAGGGCACCUUGCACGGGAAUGCACAAUUGAAGCUACAGCCUAAUUAUUUUCCUUUGUCGCCCCUCCUUUUUCUGAUUGAUGGUUGUAUUAUUUUUCUCUGAAUCCUCUUCACUGGCCAAAGGUUGGCAGAUAGAGGCUACUCCCAGGCCAGUGAGCUUUACUUGCCGUGUAAAAGGAGGAAAGGGGUGGAAAAAUCAACUUUCUGCAUUUAACUACAAAAAUGUUUAUGUUUAGUUUGGUAGAGGUGUUAUGUAUAAUGCUUUGUUAAAGAACCCCCUUUCCGUGCCACUGGUGAAUAGGGAUUGAUGAGUGGGAAGAGUUGAGUCAGACCAGCAAACCCUCUCUGGGUUACAUGGAAGUGAUCCUAUGCAGGAGAAAAGAAAUUCUGGAAGUGUCUGAACUUCCUCAUAACUUUAAUUUUAUUGCAAUGGCCUUGGAUUGUCUGACCUCAGUAGCUGUUAACACCAAGUAAUAUCUGUAUCAGGCCCUACAUAGAGCAUAUAGCUGAGUGGGAGUAAAUAAACAAGAUGCACAUGCCUGUUGAUGGCCACGAGAGAGAGAGAAAUCAGGAAUAAACUUUAAAAUAACAAUAAUUCAGUCAGUGAAUGUCCAUGUUGGAGAAACAGAACGCAAUGGGAAGCUUUUGAAUAAAUACUUCAACGUAAAUCUGAAACCCAGACAUCAGUGCUCAUAGCAUAUACAAUUUGGAGCUAUUCAGGAGUUGCAAAUAAAUGCAUUUUCACAGAAAUCAAGAUGUUAUUUUUGUAUACUAUAUCACUUAGACAACUGAGUUUCAUUUGCUUGUAAUCAGUUUUUAAAGUAAGAUGGUAAAAGCAAUUGAAGUCCUAGAACAUAGAAAAUGUAAUUUUAAACUAUCAAUAAAGCUGGAGGAGGAAGGGGAGUUUGGCUAAAA